GUUAUGGGUAGUCCGACCGAGGCAACCUGGCCUGGAGUCUCUAAGCUUCCGCAAUACAAUAGCCUACUUGGUCCAUCACCCGGCAGUGCUGAUUCUGGUACCGGUAGUGCCGGUGGAUUCUCAGGUACAGGGCUAUUGGGCAAUGGUGGGCCUUUAGGUUGCGGUUCCUCAGCCCGACUUCCCUCACUUGCCUCUUCGUCCGCCUCCACACCUGGAACUUCGUCGGGUGGCGGUUUAGGCGGAGGAGGAGCAAGUAGGGGGGCCUCAGAAGAAGCGGAUGCAGACGGUGGGUGCGUCUUCUCGACUGCUAGCUUAGAU